AUGGCUGAUAAAAAGCUAAGAGGCCUUAUUGCUCAACGCGAUAGUGCUGUUAGCCGCUUAGAAGAAAUCAAAGUAGUUGCUGAUGAUGCCAUUAAUAAUGUACGCCUUCAUACACAGUUAAAAAUUCGGGUCAAACACCUUGAAGGGAUUGUUACUGAAUUCAAUAAUCAUCACGCCUCCAUUUUAAAUAUUGUCGCUCAGGGUGAUGAUGAUGAUUUGGCGAAUCAACAGGCUAUUCGAAAACAUUUUGAUGAAAAUUUUUAUUCAAUCCAAGCAACUUGCGCUGAAUUAUUUGAUAAUACUGAGCAAGGGGCAGAAAGGGCAACCCCCAGUCAUGUUAAAUUACCUAAGCUGGAACUUAAAAAAUUUAAUGGCACUAUAAAAAAUUGGAAGACGUUUAUUGACCUCUAUGAUUCUAUUAUUCACAAUAAUUCAAGUCUUUCCAAUGUAGAAAAAUUUACAUAUCUUUUAAAUUCCUUAGAAGGACCCCCACUAAGCAUUGUUCAGUGUACUCCUUUAACUGAUAAUAAUUAUAACAUAGCUUAUAAUACAUUGAAGGGUAGAUAUGAAAAUAAUCGAUUAAUUUCGGUUAGUCACUGGCGUGAGAUUGAAAAGACUGUGAAGCUUUCUGAUGAGCAUGAUGCAAAAUCUCUUCAAACUCUAUUAGAUACAUUUACUGAACACUUAACUGCAAUUGAAAAUAUGGGUCACCCUGUCUCACAAUGGGAUUUCGUUUUAUUUUACAUGCUAUUUGAUCGCCUUGAUUCAAGCACAGCCACGAGGUUCGAACUUGAGUGUGGUAAAUCUCUAGACGAAAUUCAAAAUAAACACAAGCAUUUUGAAAUUUUAUUAGACUUUCUUAAGAAGCAGUGUAUCGCAUUAGAUACCGUCUCAAGCUCUUUUAAAGAUGUAAAGCCUAGUACUUCUAAAUAUAUAAAACAAACAGCAAUGCCAAAGAGAACUUUUGUUGUUAGUGCUGCGUCAUGUUACUUUUGCCACAAAAAUAAUCACUCAAUUUAUAAAUGUUCAGAAUUCUUAAGUAAAAAUUCCCACGAAAGAUAUAAAAUUGCAAAAACUAAUAAAUGGUGCACCAAUUGCUUAGGUUUAAAACAUAACUCGUUUAAUUGCUCAUCUCGUCGCCGCUGCGAAAAAUGCUCCAAGCCUCAUCAUACCCUUUUGCACCAUGACUCCUUUGAAGCUUCUCAGCCACCUGCCGUUGAGCAGGAAUCUUCUACAAACUGUGAGUACAGAUCUCAACCUGUUGCCUUGACCAAUAUCAAACCACACAAAAAUACUGAAAGCUCUGUUUUAUUGGCCACGGCACAGAUUCGGGUUCUGGAUUCCCAGGGUCAAUUUAUCAAUGCGCGAAUCUUAUUGGACAGCGCAAGUCAAGUGAAUUUUAUUACAAACAAAUUAUGUAAACGUUUGGGCUUAGUCAAACGACCUCUUUCCCUGUUUGUUAAAGGUUUAGGUGACACUGUCUCAAAUGUCUCUCAUGAAGUCACAUGCACCUUCACGCCUAAAUGUUUUACAAAUCCCAAAUUUUCUCUAGAUUUUGCCAUAAUUCCAAAAAUAUGCGAAAACCUUCCCUCUUCAGAUUUACCCACAGAUUGCUUCACUCAGUUUUCUCAUCUCGAGCUGGCAGAUGAAAGUUUUAAUGUUUCGGGUCCUAUUGACAUGUUGGUUGGAGGUGAUGUUUUUGGUUUUCUUGUUAAAGAAGGUCAAAUAUCGCAAUCGAUUAAUAAACCUGUUGCUCUAAAUACUCAACUAGGGUGGAUAAUUAUGGGUCGUGUGUCUUACCAGGACUCUAUUUCUCGUUCAACCCCUAAUAGCCUUUGCGCUACUGUCAGCUCCACUCUUCUAGAUAUUGUUAAAAGGUUUUGGCAGCUGGAACAAGUCCCUAAUUACCAUGUUCAUUCCCCUGAUAAAGUUGCUGCAGAGGAGUUUUUUCAGAGGACUCAUACUCCAAAUUUCUCAGGGAGAUAUGUUCUUCAACUUCCUUUAAAACAUUUAGAACUCCCAGUUUUUGAAAACACUCGAGAUAUCGCUUUGCGUAGGUUUUAUUCUCUUGAACAUCGUUUAGAAUCCAAUCCCGAGCUUCAUGAUGAAUAUCGCGCUUUUAUGCAGGAUUUUAUUGACACUGGACAUAUGGAAAUCCUACCCUCAAACAUAGAUAUAAAAAACUGUUAUUAUAUACCCCAUCACUGUAUUCUUCGUCCGGAAAGUUCAACCACAAAACUUCGUGUUGUUUUUGACGCCUCCGCGAAGGCCGCAAAUAAUAUUUCUCUCAAUGACACUUUGUUAGUCGGCCCCAAGCUUCAACAGGAUAUAUUUCACUUGCUGUUAAAGUUUCGCAUCCAUGCUGUUGCAUUCACUGCUGAUAUUAAGCAGAUGUUUCGACAAAUUCUCAUAGAUCAACCCUGUAGAAAUUUUCAAAGAAUUUUAUGGAGGUUUUCAAAGUCUGAUCCUGUGAGAGACUAUCAACUAAAAACCGUAACCUACGGUGUAGCUUCUUCACCAUACCAAGCUAUUAGAACUCACUCAACUUGCUAG